AUGCCAGUCCCAAGGGUCUUGUGCGUGGCUGAGAAGCCUGCUAUUGCCAGGGCAGUAGCGCAGCAUCUCUCCGGAGGUGCUUUUCAGACACUCCAUGUCCGGGGAAGUCAGUAUGUCAAGAACUAUGUCUUCGAAUUUAAUUUCGGCAAUCCCUGGGGAACUUGCGCAGUUACGAUGACUAGCGUCCUUGGGCACUUGACCUCAUUGGAUUUUCAACGCCAAUACAGGGGUUGGCUGUCCUGUCCACCCGGGGCUCUAUUCGAGGCCCCGGUGCAUGAAGGCGUAGACUCUGACAAAACGGCCAUUGCAGAUAACAUUCAAGAGCAAGCGAAAUAUUGCCAGGCUCUUUUUAUCUGGACGGAUUGUGAUCGAGAAGGAGAACACAUUGGUAGUGAGGUUCGCAAGCAAGCAAAAGAGGGCAACAAUCGCAUUGUGGUGAAACGAGCUCGCUUUAGCAAUACCGAGAGAGCUCACGUCCUGAGCGCCGCCCGGGCGCUUAUUGAACUAGACGACCUUCAAGCCAAUGCGGUAGCCGCCCGCAUUGAACUCGAUCUUCGAAUCGGCGCUGCGUUCACCCGUUUGCAAACUCUCCAACUAAAGCCUAUAUCGGACACUUUAGCCGAGACGAUCAUCAGUUAUGGGUCUUGCCAAUUUCCCACGCUGGGAUUUGUUGUGGACCGGUACUUACGUGUAAAAAAUUUCAAGCCGGAAAGCUUCUGGGGGAUCAAGGUGAUACAUGUCCGGGACAAGAUGAAAGUGAAUUUUCUAUGGAGGAGAGUGCAUCUUUUUGACCGAGCAGCUGUAACUGUGAUGCUGGAGCGAUGUCUCAUGGCAAAGAAAGCCAAGGUGACCAAAGUCAACCAGAAACCCACCAGCAAAUGGAGGCCUUUGCCGUUAACAACGGUGGAUCUGCAAAUGAUGGGAAGCAGAUAUCUCCGUAUUGACAGUCAGACUAUCAUGAAGGUUGCCGAAGCUCUCUACACCAAGGGUUUCAUCAGCUACCCGCGGACAGAAACGGAUCAAUUUGACAAGGGAAUCGAUCUGAAGAAACUCGUGGAAAAGCAAUUGCCAGAUAACAAUUGGGGCCAAUAUGCGCGAGGCCUUCUCGAUGGGGGAUUCAGGACCCCCAGAUCCGGACGUCACAACGACAAAGCCCACCCUCCCAUCCACCCUAUUUGCUGGGUCUCCCCAAGCGCCCUCUCGGCCAACGAGAAGAAAGUUUAUGAAUUUGUUGUUCGCCGGUUCCUAGCCUGUUGUUCGGAAGACGCCAAGGGCCAAACGUCAGAGGUUGAGAUCCAAUAUGGCGAUGAGUUCUUCCAUGCCAAAGGAUUGAUAGUGCUUGAGAGGAACUAUUUAGACGUAUACGUCUAUGAUAAAUGGGAGAGUAGUCAGCAACUACCGGACUUCCGCAUGGGGGAGGUCUUCGAACCUUCCGAAGCAAAAAUCUUUGACGGCAAAACAACGCCUCCAAACUACCUGACUGAGCCCGAGCUGAUCGGUCUCAUGGAUGCCAACGGCAUUGGAACCGAUGCUACCAUGGCCGAACAUAUCGCCAAGGUUAAGGACCGUCAUUAUGUGGCCGUCAACUCACGAGGAACUGGCCGCAAUGCAGUCAAGGAACUCAUCCCGACCCGCCUGGGUAUCGCCCUGGUGGAAGGCUAUGACAAUGUUGUUGCCGGUCUGCCAGAUAGCCCGUCUUUGAGCAAGCCAUUCCUGCGCAAAGAGAUGGAGUUAAGGAUGCGUGAGAUCUGCGAAGGCGCAAAAACGCGACAACAAGUGGUGCAGGAGAGUUUGGAUAUGUACCGGGAGGUCUUUGUACACACACAGAGACGGAUUAACUUGCUCAAGACCGCGGUGAGAAAAUAUUUGGUUGAAGGAGCAACUUCAUAA